ACGUCUUUAGAGAAGCGUUGUCGCGGUCGCAGUCGACGUCGCGCUGUCACCGCUGGCGGCAGUUAACUUCUCGCUGUUAACGUGGCUAUAAUUGCAAGACGCAAGAAAGCAGUUUUAAUCGUUGUAAACAAGCGCGCGAGUUCGGUUCAUUUGGCAAUACAAUAACAAACGGCCACAAGUACUCCGCGAGUUGUUUAAUCAUUUGUUAUUGUUGAUAGAGGUCGUGAAAACAAAACUAAAGAGCCUAAAUCGGCUGGCGCCAAAUAUUUGAAGUAAAAUAAUCAAAAAUAUAAACUAAGAAGUGAAAAAACAACUUGAAAAUUGAAACAUAUAAAACUUUAAAUAGAGGAUAUUAAGUGAAAAUGAUUUCUAAGUGCAGUCAAUGAAAAAUAGACAGCCGAAGGAGAUGAAGUAUGUGGCCACGUUUAUUGCUAAGAUAAAUUCCCCGGCAGCAAAACAGCAAACAGCGAACAGCAAAAAUAUCUAUAUGCAUGUAUGUACUAUGAAAAAAAAGGAGAGCUUUAAUGCCAACGAUCAAUAUUUGAACAACAAAUCAGCAAUGAGAGCGGCCAGUAUCUGCGAUAUAUUCAGCGACUAUUUUCAACAAAAACCGUACGAGAUGCGUGAGGCGAAUUAACACCGAUGCGUUAACACAAUUAGUUGAAAAGUGAAAAACGGCAUAAAGUAGAGGCUGGAGAUUAAAUAAAAUAAAAUCUAUAUGCCAUACGGGAGUGCCGACAAAAAGCGGGCCAUCAAAUUUGCAACUUUACACUCGACAGGCGUUUUUAGUCGCGCAAUGAAGCUCCAGCAUCGCGGCUGAGUUGUGAGAAAUAGAAACGCGUCUUAGAAACCAAAACCAAAACCCAAACCGAAGUGAAAUCAUCUAAAAAAAACACACGCAAAAUAUAAGAUUCUAAAUAAUGGCUGACUUAUUGAAAGCACUGAAUAUCACGGGCAAUUUGCUGGCAGGUCUCGAAGACACCAACAAUUUGACGCUUGCAACUGCAACUGCCACAUCGACCACAUUGGGUGAAGGUCUCAAUGGCACGGCAACGACCUUGGAUGCCACAUCGGCGAAUAGUGGCGAAAAACUCGAUCUUGGCGGCUUCGAUUUGCCGGGGAACUACUCCAUACUUAUUAACAAACUCGAGCAGCUGGCCUUGGGCUUGGAUUCGGCCCUGGGCAAUUUCACCAUCGAUCGCCAGGAGGUCGAGAUCAACUUGAGUGGCGCAGCCUCUGCGAACGAUGUGGCCGAUGUUGCCGACGAUCUGUUUGAUGUACUGCCAGCUGCCAGGGCUCCUCCGCCGCAUAUAGCUCACGGAUCGAGGAUAUAUACGGGCGAUGAUGGACAGGAUUUCGCCCACGUGGUCAGCGAUAUCUGGAUAGGAGUUAUCCUCACGCUGCUCAUCGUCUUUGUGAUAUUCUUCAUUUGCGCGUGCUUCGUGUACCACAAAUUCCAGCAGUGGAAGAAUUCAUACCGUGCCAAUCACAGUGAUCCCACGAUUGAGAUCUGUCGCCGCUGUCCGCCGGACUACGAGGCGGAGUCCCUGCCCUCGUACACGAUUGUCUCCGGGUUGCCCACCUACGACGAUGCCCUGGAGGAGUUCCGGAAGGCGGGCAUUAUCCUCACCCCGGCGGUGGUGCCCAUCAUUAAGAUAUUCGAGUGCAACGAGAGCAACGGCAAGGAGCAGGCGGUGGGCUACAGCCUGGUGGAGACGAACAUUGCGAGUGCGGAUGCUGGUGCGGAUAAUGUGUCCCUGGCCUCGACCACCUGCAAUUGUGGCAACGCAUCGCCCACUUCAUCGCUGCCGAGCUACAGUGCCGCCACAGCGGCUGCGAUGGCGGUGGCGGCGGCUGCUCCUCCCCAGGUGAUCGAGCUGUCCCCGGAGCACCUGGCUUCCCUCUCCCAGAAGCGCCUCUCCCUGCAGAUCUCAUUCAACAACUCGGUGCGUCGGCAAUCGCCGCUCAGAAACCAUCUGCUGCGAUCGCGAGCGGUGGGGAAUACCGCUGGAAUCGGUCCCUUGGACACGGCCAGUCCUGUCGUUCAGGUUUCCGGUGGCCAUGGAGGCCAUGGCGGUGGCGUGACCAUCCUGCCCGCUCCACUGCAUCGCUCCACAUCUACAAUUUCGCUGUCCAACGAACGCCAGUUGCUGGAUCAACGCCUCAGGCAUUUGCAUCAUCGCGGUUCCCUCUACUGAGAACCGGAAAGAGGCUUCUGCCCGAAUAUUUCCUUACUAAAACGUAUUCCUUAUGUAAUUCAAAUCCUGCGAGUUAUUAGCUUUAAGAUACAAACAAUAAACAUACUUAAUUUU